UACUUAUGCGUAGGGACUUAUGUGCAAGCCCUUAAUCAGCCUUCGUGAGUGAGUUACAGCCAAAGUUUGGUUCCCCAGCAGAGAGAGCGAGAGAGGAAAGCAUCUCAGACUGAUCACAGCGAGUGAGAUCAAAUGGUGGGCAAUGAGACCGGUUUCCUUCCUCCACACAACUUCAGUUCUACUCGAAACCUCGGCGAGGACGGAGCUUACUUUGCGAGCGACGCCACAACAAGCAAAGAACUCUUCUCUCUUAAACUGAACCUUGUGCAAAGAAGUCCCCUUCUUGUCUGGUUCAAAGUUUCCACACAUUGAUAAUUUUUUUUGCAUCCAGAGUGAAAAAGUGUACAUCGUGGUUUAUCUCUUCAAGUUGAUCGUGACCAAUCCUCGCGAAUUGUACUCACUGUUGAUCCAAAUUCAAAAUGUGGAUCCGUGUGUUGCUCUGUCUGAGCGUGUUUGGUGGGCGUGGGGUGAUGUUGGCGGGGGGUGUGCCGAUUCAAGGGUCUGGUGUGGGAGGUGAAGAUGUGGGAGAGGUCAGUUCACCCCUUCACGUGGCCCAGUGCAGGGCGACCUGUAUCCAAGAGACUGUCCCGAAGGAGUGGAAUCCGAGUGGACAGCAGCAGCCAGAGUGCAGCCAGGAUUCGGAGUGUCUUGUCUGUUGGAGAAAGUGCGAGGAGUUGGAAAUGUUGGUGCAGUGGAGAAGUGGGAACAACAAUGGGAACACGCAGAGCAGUAGGCAGCCGGUGGGAGGAGGAGAAGGUGACAUGGACGGAGAAAGCAGGAUCAAGGCGACGACGACGGUGACCAAGAGCAGCAAAAUUGUGGCUGCAAUCUGCUCCACAUCUUCCUGUGGUUCCGGCUGUCGAGUGGCGUGCAGUUUCUACGCGACCUCAUCCGCCUCCAGUCCCAGUCCGGUGGCAGCGACGAGAUCCUCCUCCGUUCUGAUCCUGUCUCCGGGGAAAGUCACGUGGCCAGCGGCGAGUGGCGAAGGGCCGCUCGUCUACGUCCUUAUCCAGCAGCUCCCGCACCUCAAGUGGAAACAGGUCACUCAGACGACACAGACUUGGGCCCUCCUUCCAAAAACUCUGUGGGACAAGUUGGAGUUUGGAGUGCGAAGCGUGCGAGUGCUGGUCGUCUCUUCCAAAGGCCUCGUUGCCAUCUACCACCCAGUGCAAACGGCUGGACUGGAAGUAACCACUACCUCCUCAACUACGACGACGUCAACGACGAUAACACCACAAAAAACACUUGGCGCUGAUGGUGAUGAUAAUGAUGAGCGGGCGUGGAGUCAAAUGAUGAAGGUUGACGAUAACUAUCCGCCACCGAGAGAAAGUAUGGACCGCAGCAAAGUGGACAACUCCGACUCUGCAGAUUCGGAAGUGGAAGUGGUCACGAUGCCGGAGGAGAGGGGCGAGCCAGAGGACGUGUGGGCCCUUCGAAGGCUGUCCCUCAUUCACCAGAAAUCCCUCGUCAUAGCGGAGCUGGCUUGGGAGGACGUCAAGAAGGCACCGGAACAGGAGUACCUCAUCACGUGGGAGCUGGAUGGUGGAGGACUUAAAGGUCACUUGGUCACGGACUCUACGACCGUGUCACUCUCCCUCUGGCCAGACACGCUCUAUCACAUUCAGGUUGAAUUAUUCGAGCCCAACUUUGAGGAGGGGGAGCAAGACGAAUCUUCUUCCUCGUCGUCUUCUUCUUUUGUCGGAGGUUCGAGAAGUUUUCCGCUGUCUGUGGACACGAGCGAGGCGUCCUUUCCGCUCCUUCUGGUGGAGAAGCCAAGCGCCCUGCUUUCCCGGGAGCGACUUCUCACUGCCUCCACUCUGGUCGCGGUUCUUGUCGCGGCGGCCCUGACUCUCGGCUCCCUUCUCCUCGCCCUCUCCCUACGAAGACUGCUCAGAGUCCCGCAGCACCGUGGCAGCUUUUCUCUCGGCAAACAACUCCUCGACGACACGGACGACGAUGGGCUCGUUGGUGACGACAAGAAGACGCUGCGGAGGUUGAGGGGAAACCAAGACGAGGAGAAAGGACACAGUCAAACAUAUUCUCACGGGCCGGGAGUGUCGGUGAUCAGCAGUGGUGGAUGUGACCUGCUCAAGGGUCCGACCCAUCUCAUGCCCCACUACCAUCUCAACAAGAAGAAGGCCCCACUUCAUGGACCUUUGUCCCAUCACCACCACCAGCAGCAGCAGCAGCAGCCGCAGCAGGGUAGCUGGUGCAAGAACGGAGGAAAUCCACCUCUGCCCAGUGAACAGGUUGCCAACUGGGUUCAUCCGAAUACAUAACUCAGCCUCAAGGGCACCCUCGUCCAGUUCCACUUAGGCCCAAAAACUUUACUUUUUGAGGCCAGCGAGUCAAGAGAGGAAUAAAUUAGACCCAUAUUUCAAUUUGAUGGAGAAGUAAACACCCAUUUCUCCAGCCAAUUCCAGUACGGGCUCUCCACCGAUGCCGAUGAGGAGUCCAUAUGCGCCCCACAUAAACGAGAAAUCAUGAGAAUGCGAUGACCAGCAAGAUAACACCUCUUCUCCCUCCAGAGAGAAGCUCCUUUUCUUCCCCCAAAAUAAAAGCCAAGACUUCUCUCUCUCCCUCCGGUUAAUAAACCAGUAACCUAAUAUGUAAUGCUGCAACUUUUACCAUCACCACCAUAUCACCACGUAAUCACCACGCCAUCGAAUAUUAAGACGAGCAAGAUGGUACACUAAAUAGAUUCCAAUAUGUUCCACUAUUAAAUACUUAUUAGCGGCGAACGGAGGAGCAGCAAAACAGACUGAACUGAACUAUAUUUUGUGAGUAGUAAUGAUAUAGCUUUACUUUUUAAAUAUUAUUCAUUCUAAGCGUGCAAGUAGAUAUUAAGCGAGUCCAACCAUGAGCCAACUAGUCCCUUCUCGUAGGUCAACUCUUCUCGUAUGCUAAACGCUCUGAAUCAUGUAGAUGUGCACAUUCUAUGCGCGUCAUUCAUUAUUAUUGAUGGGCCAUGGAACCUCCUCCGGCCUCGAAUCCAGCUACCACCUCCAGCUCCUUAUUGUUUCCAGCUAACCCUAAAAUUGUAGCGGUUUAACGGCCAACAAAAUUAAAAUGCACCAAUGCCACGUUAUAAAUAUAAAUAUGCACAGCAAGCAGCCCUCCUAAUGUUAGGAUGCACUAUGUAAAUAAUUCUGUACAGUGUAGUAGUGUCGUAUAAUUUAAAAACUCCAUCAUUAGCAUACACACAUUAACAGUAUAAUUGUUAGUUUGUACAUUAUUGGAUUUACGAUUCUGCCAAGUAAUCUUUGUUGCAAUUAAUUUAGCAUAAAUUUUAGCCUAAUGAGCUUGAAAUGAAACCUUAACGAAGAAAGAACAAUGAAAGUGAAUGAAUGAGACGGAGAAAUAAUAAAGAAAAUUGAAAAUCAGAAA